AUGGCCAGUCAUGGCGUAGCCCGAACCAACCGGUCCCGCACUGAAGAGCAGAAGCAACAAGAACUCGACAAGAUAGCAAAGUACCGCGACCUCGAAGGCCAGGUCCGAUCACUGGUCGCCGAUGCCAGCUUCACGCCCGACCUCCUGAAGCUGACGGCCAAGCUGCUCCGCCUCAACCCGGAGUACUACACAAUAUGGAACGUCCGCCGCAGAUGUUUGCUAACCUGUGGGUUAUCAUCCAAACCGUCGCCUGGGUCGUCGCCCUCGAAGGCGUCGCAGAGUUCUUCUCAGAACGCCACUACCACCACAUAUUCCGCCGCAUCCUCCUCCUCCUCCUCGACCGCGACCACGACCCCGCCAAACCCCGCGUCCCAGACAACUGGGAAGAGUGGUAUUACGGCUGACGACGACGAUGCCCCGGCCGUCCUCGGCGAUGGCAGCGGAACGGAUGAAGAUCCAGGGCGCACGGAAGCUAGAGAGAAGGAUCUCGACUCGCUCAGGUCCGAGCUGGGCUUUACGGUCCCGCUGCUGAUGGAGUUCCCCAAGUGUUACUGGAUCUGGAAUUACAGGUCGUGGCUAUUGCAGCAGGCCAUAGAACGGCUGCACCCUCAGGCUGCGAGGCGCAUAUGGGAGGAAGAGCUGGGCCUCGAUACCAAGAUGCUGAGCAAGGACCGGCGGAACUUCCACGCAUGGGGCUAUCGGCGGAACGUCGUCAGCCACUUGGAGAGCGCUGCGCUCAACGGCAAGAGUAUGGUCGAGUCAGAGUUCGAGUUUACUACCAAGAUGAUCCGGGUUGACUUGUCGAAUUUCUCCGCAUGGCACAAUCGCAGCAAACUCAUCCCGAGGCUGUUGGAUGAGCGACAGGCCGACGAGGGAGCGAGGAAGAAGUUUUUUGACGAUGAGCUGGCUUUGAUCAAAGAGGGCUUGAACGUAGGGCCUGAAGACCAGUCACUCUGGUACUACCACCAAUUUUUGAUGCUGGAUUUGAUCGAACAUGACACACGACCGACCAUCACAGCCAGUUUCACCGUUGAUGAGAGGUUGGAAUACAUCACAACAGAUAUAGUGGAUAUCAAGGACCUACUCGAGGACUAUGAUGACUGUAAACUAAUAUACGAAGCGCUCAUCGAGUGCACACUGGCAUUGUCGACAAUGGAGAAACGAAAGCCGUCGGGCGAGGAGAUGGCGGACCUGGAGACCUGGCUCUCCAAGCUACAAGAGCUGGACCCCAUGAGGAGAGGUUGCUGGGAUGAUAUGGGGAGGCAGCUAGGUCUCACUAUCCAAUAA